AUGCCUUCUUUAAAUGCCCUGAACAAGGUGGCCAAGAACAAAAAGGCUGCGGUGCCAAAGAAGCCGGAGAAAAUUCCCACGACCACAAAUGCUGCUCUAAGCUCCGAAUUCGUCGAAGAAAGUGACGAGGAAUCUGACGGCAAGGAGUCUGAUAGCGAAGAUGAUUCGCUACCAGAGAACCCUAUAGAUGCUUUGCCCAAGUCCAAUGGCAAAUUGCCCGCCCCGGACGGAAGUGAAAGCUCCAGUGAGAAUGAGAGUGAGAGCGAAAAAGGAAGCCAAGAGGAAAGCGGGGACGACGAAGAGGCAGAGCCUUCCAAGAAAGAUAUACAGCCAGUAAAAGCUGUCAGAAAACCUUCCAAAGAGCCAGCCUCAAAGACUGCUACGAUCCAACCACCCCCACCAUACAAGGCUCCGGCUGGCUUCGAAUCCUCCUCUAUAAAUGGCACAUCGCAAACAGCUACAACGUUCAAGAAGUCUAGUUUGGAGGGAAAGCAGAUAUGGUAUUUCACUGCUCCAGCAUCUGUACCUAUCUCGUCCAUCAAGAAAAUGUCACUAUCGGCUGUGGAAGAUGGCGAGAAGGUCUGUUCUCACAACAACCAUGAUUACGGGUUCGUAAAAGAUACAGCGGAGGAUAAGACAUAUACGAAGAUUAUGGUUCCAAAUAGCUCUGAUGAUGGGUAUCAGACUGGCGCACUACUUAUCCUUGCACAUGCCGCUGACUUUGUGAUAGUUCGGAAGCCAAUUGACCAGAUUCUUCACCUUCAGCAGAUUAUCAAAAUACCAGGGAUGGACGACUCCACCGCCACAUCAGCAAAAGCAACAGUCCCAGCUAAGAAGCGCGUACGUCCUCAACCCAUAGGCCUGAAGAUGCGUUUCCUCCCAAUUGGAUUCGGCACCGGAAACCCUGGCACGAUCGGCUCAGAUACAAACUCGGUAGACGGGAGCAGCUCGGAUUCUGACAACGAAGAAGAAGCUCCUAACGGAUUUAGAAAGCCGGCAUCUAUAGCCUCUUCGUCUGAUGAGGAGUCGGACGAAGAAAUGACCGAAGCACCGCCCCUUCCCAAACCCAAAGUCUCAAAAGCACCAGCCAGCUCCGCUCCACUCAAGAGGAAGCACAGCGAAGGAGGAGAGAAGAAGACAAAGCACAGUUCGUCGAAACCAGCACCAGAUAUUGACGAUAGACAGCUAAAACGACAGAAGACAAAGCAGAACGGCUCGCAGGAAGACAGAGUAUCAGCGUCAACUAAGACCGUAACGCCAAUCCCACCCCCCGCACCACCACUCAAGACAUCCGACGCGCCAAAAUCGAUCCUUAAGAAGCUAGUACAUGAACCCGCUUCUUCGCCUCUGAAACCCUCAAAGUCCACGCAUUCAAACCUACCUCCUUCCGCCUCAGCACACCCUAUCUCGAAUGGAAGUGAGGUUAAAGUCAAGAAAUCCAAGCACAAGCAUAGAGACAGCAAGCUUCCUACGACGCCCGGGCAAGCGCUGUCUAUCAAAGAGCUAACGAAGGCGACGGAUCCAAGUUUGACAAGUGAGGAGCGGAGGAAGAAGAUGAAGAAGUUGAAGAGGGAGGGAUCUAGUCCAGAGAGUCAGGAGAAGCUGAAACGUCUAGUUUGA